CUGAUGACGCAGUUCCGCAUUACGCACGUGUGUGUAUGUGCAUGUGUGUCAGGUCUCUGUGAGCACCAGCGUUCAUGUUUUUGUUUUAUUUCACUCUAAGAUUUCUUUAAAUUACUCUGAUGCGGUUUUAAUCUGUGAAGACAAACAUGUUUUCUGAUGAUCUGAUCAGAACUCUUGAUGAUAAUGAUGACGUACCAGAGGAAUCAGACUCGGCGUCUGAUAAUGAAGCCGAUGAGCCGAUAGUGUUGAGUAAAGAGAAGCGAGCUCUGAAGGGUCGAGGCGCUGGAGACUUCUCUGCAGGUUUUGAGUUUGGAGAGCGAGAUGGUCUGUACAGUGAUGACUGGAUCAUGGCAGAUGUUAUGGCUCAGCUGAAGAAGAGGAAAGCCCCCACAACACUGGAUGAAAAGAUUGAGAAAGUGCGGAAAAAACGUAAAACCGAGGAGAAAAAUCAGAAAGACAAUAAGGAAAAGGAAGCUGUAGCUUCUAAAGAGAAAGAAGAAGAAGAAGAUGAAGAGAGUAAUGAAAAUGAUGAAGAUGAGGAUGAAGAUGAUGAUGUUGAGGAGGACGAGUUCUCAUCAGGUGAUGAAGAGGUCCUUAAGAAAGCAGACACUUUGAAAGAAAAACCCAAGAAAGGCAAAAAGAAAGCUGCAGAUACACCUGAAACGUUCUUUGAAGACGCGUCUCAGUACGACGAGAACCUCACUUUCCAGGACAUGAAUCUCUCCAGACCGUUACUGAAGGCCAUCACAGUGAUGGGUUUUCAGCAGCCCACUCCCAUUCAGAAGGCCUGUGUACCCGUGGGGCUGCUGGGUAAAGACAUCUGCGCAUGUGCCGCCACAGGAACCGGUAAGACAGCAGCGUUUAUGUUGCCAGUUCUUGAGCGUCUGAUCUACAAACCGAAGGAGACACAGGUGACCCGUGUGCUGGUUUUAGUGCCAACCAGAGAGUUGGGCAUCCAGGUGCACACUGUAGCCCGUCAGCUGGCCCAGUUCACCAGCGUCACCACGUGCCUGGCGGUCGGUGGGUUGGACCUGAAGUCUCAGGAGGCGGCGCUGCGGGCGGGACCCGACGUCCUGAUCGCCACGCCGGGGCGAUUGAUCGACCACUUGCACAACACGCCGUCUUUCGAGCUGAGCCAGAUCGAAAUCCUCAUCCUGGAUGAGGCCGACAGAAUGCUGGACGAAUACUUUGAAGAGCAGAUGAAGGAGAUCAUUCGGAUGUGUUCGUAUCAGAGGCAGACGAUGCUCUUCUCGGCCACCAUGAGUGAAGAGGUGAAGGAUUUGGCCUCGGUGUCAUUGAAACAGCCCGUGAGGAUCUUCGUAAACAGUAACACAGAUGUGGCGCCGUAUCUCAGACAGGAGUUUGUCAGGAUCAGACCGUCUAGAGAAGGCGAUAGAGAAGCCAUUGUAGCAGCUCUCCUCACCAGAACGUUUCAGGACCAUGUGAUGGUCUUCACGCAGACUAAGAAACAGGCUCAUCGCAUGCACAUCCUGUUGGGUCUGAUGGGGUUAAAGGUCGGAGAGCUGCACGGGAACCUGUCGCAGACGCAAAGAUUGGAGAGUCUGAGGCGUUUCAAGGAUGAACAGAUCGAUAUUUUGGUGGCAACAGAUGUUGCCGCUCGAGGUCUGGAUAUAGAUGGGGUUAAAACUGUCAUAAACUUCACCAUGCCCAACACCGUGAAGCAUUACGUGCAUCGGGUCGGCCGAACGGCUCGUGCGGGGAAGGUGGGUCGCUCCGUGUCUCUGGUGGGCGAGACGGAACGAAAGAUGCUUAAAGACAUCGUGAAGAAAGCCAAAACCCCGGUCAAAGCUCGAGUGCUUCCUCAAGAGGUGAUUUUGAAGUUUCGUGAUCUCAUCGAGAAGCUGGAGAAGGACGUGUACGCUGUGUUGCAGUUGGAGAAGGAGGAGAAGGAAAUGACACGCUCUGAAGCGCAGAUCAGCUCCGCUCAGAAGAAAUUAACAGAGAAGACGGAUGAGUCACAGGCUCCCCGGACGUGGUUCCAAACACAUGAGGAGCGGAAAAAAGAUCGCAUGUCAAAAGCUUUGCAGGAUUUUGAUCUGGCAUUGAGAGGCAAAAAGAAACGUGCUCAGUUCCUGAAACAGGGCAAGAAGAAAGCGCUCACGUCUGAAGAAAGAGCUCAGUUUGAGAUGCUGAAGUCUCAGAUGUACGCCGAACGGACAGCCAAACGCGACCGCAAACCGAAGCGAGCGAGAGCCAUUCCUGAAGACGAGCCGGUCAAGAAAGCUACGACGCAAAACAAAAACAAAUCUGGGAAGAAGUCUGUGUUUGACAAGGAGCUCACAAACACGAGCAAGAAGGCGCUGAAGCAGUACAGAGCCGGACCUUCAUUUGAAGACAGAAAGCGACUCGGCAUUCCGAACAAGAAAGGUGGACGCUUCAAAUCCAAAGCCAAAUUCAGAAGAAAGUGAAGCCUCAACUGAUGAAUAAUGAAACAAAACCGUGCCUUCAGACAGCAGCUUUCCUAACCCAACAUAAACCUUUGGAAUAAAAACUGUAAACAGUCAAUUCUGAUACUGUUUUUUUUCCAUCAGGAUGUCAUUGUAACAUGUCAGAAUUAAGCUCACUGAGUUAUCGAAAAUCAUUUGUUCAUUUCAAUCAGAAUUAAGUGCACAAGCUAAAAACCACAGUGUUUAUGCGACAAAGCAAAAGUUGAUCUAAAAUAAGUUUAUCUCUAAAUAAUGAGGAUUAAACAAGUCAAACAGUAGAUAUAAAGUCUAUUUAACCCAUGUUAAAAUGCCACCAGGUUAUUGUACAUUUUUU